UUGGUAGCAGUGGCGCCGUGCCAGUCGGUGCAUCGUGCGGCGCGAGCAGUCGAGCCUGGCGAGGUCGUCUCUCGCGUCGCCUUUCUCGUGUCUCUCUCUCUCUUGCUCGGUGGUCACACAACUACACAACGUUCUUCGCGUAGAACGCAUAAUACUUGAAACUUGUGAAUUCUACUAGUGAGAAAACAUUUAAAAGAGAAGUUCCAAAGUUUUUCGAAGAGGAAGAAGAAAAAAACAGAAAAGAAAAAAAGAAAGAGGGAAAAUCAUAUAUAUAUAUACAAUAUAUAUAUAUAUAUACAUAUACAUCAUGUAUGUAUGUAUAUAUACAUGUACGCAUACAUAUAGGUAAAAAGAAAGAGAUAGAGGUAGAUAGAGAGAAAGAGAAAGAACUCGGGAAAAGUCGUGAGUGGUUCGUGCGUUCGAAAUGUACGUGGUGUGAGGCUAUGAAGAAGAAACGAGGAUCAGUGUUGGAAGAAGUCACCGUUGUCGUUGUUGGGCGUAGCCGGGCGUCGCGCGAAAUUGCUUGAAAGCGGCCUCUCCUACGCUCUCAGUGCGUGACAGUACUGGAGCUCUCUGCCAUUGGAAAAGGAUAUGUAUCCAUCUCUCUUUCACUCGCAACAUCGUUACUACAAGCAAUACUACUACUAUUCAUUGGUAUCAACUAAUAUACUCGGAUUCUACUUUACCGUCCCUAUCUAAAGAGAGACAGACACUGUCGUGGAAGUUUGAGUAAAAAAGUUACACAAGAAAUAGUGAUCGAAGAUUAUUAUGCCAUCGGUGUGAUUGUAGCACAAAUUUCGGAUUCUCGAAAGCGAGGUGAGCUGUCAACAUGAACAGCAGAUGACUGUUGGCUGAGCCAGUGCUCGUUUAAGUUUAAUAUGAGCGAAGUCGUAGCCGUAACAGUGCCUACUGGUGGAUCGACGCGCCAGGAAAGCGUGGCACAUAUCAAAAGGCACAAAUUAGCUAACUGUAAUGUUCCUCUUGUUCAUGGCCGACCAAAUCCAUCAAUCAGCGCUCGCAAUAGGCUGACAACUCAUCAACGAAAUCAUAGUUUGGACUUUAGGUCAAUGGGUAUCUUACUUCCACCGGUGCCCCAAGCGGCCGCGACAACGUUAACGCUGCACCAUAGAAACAGAAGCCUGGAUUCGGCUUUACAACGAAUCCCUGAGGUGGACGUUACUCCGAGUCCAGAAUGCGAGACGAACCCUACGCCCGUAAUUAAGACAACGGUGCCAACCUGCAAGGGACGUAGUCGAGAACGCGAAGAUCUCGCUAGUCUUGGAUCCGACGACUCUGGUAUACUCUGUGGUUCCGACAGCGGUUCUAGUGACGCUGCCAACACAGCUACCAGAGAGUCAAGUGUAGAUCAUUUGCAUAGUAGAGAAAGUCUCGAUUCUACUUUGUCACAAACAGGAGAUAUGGAUGGGAUUGAUGCUGUUGACGGAGAAGACAACAGUGGGGUGUCUGUAUCAGUGUCUCCUGUGGAAUUAGUGUUACGUAGUGAGUCCUUGCCCGAAAAGAAUGGUGAUCGUGAACUCUGUAAACUAAAGAAUCUCGAUAAAACUAAUCAUGAAACUGAGGAACACUCUGGUAUAGUCCUUUGUCCUAAAGAACUUCAAAAUCAUGAAUACCCAUGCGAGGAACCUUGUAAUAGCAUAUCUGAGAAAGCUAUGGAAUAUCAGAAUUCUUCCUCCGAAGUAGCCAUGGUACAAGGAGAAUUGGCAGGCGCUGCGAUGACUUUAUGUUGUGGCACCUCUGCACAACCUGACAAAGAAACUGUAAAAAAACAACCAGAAGUUCAAAGACAAGAGACAGUUCAGCCAAAGCCAUCGGAGGGAUGUUUACUCAGGUUAUUCGAGAGUCAAAUAUUUGAUAUGUCUAUGGCCAUAUCCUAUCUUUUCAAUUCCAAAGAACCAGGUGUUCAGAGUUAUCUAGAUAAAUCUUGCAUUAUGGAUUCUUGCAUAGAAACAGAAAAUUCACACAUAUUUAGUAUAUUUUUAGGUAACAAGAUGUUCAGUUUUCCUGAUAACGAAGUGGAUUUCUAUUUGCCACAAUUGGUGUUAAUGUAUAUACAACUUCAUGAUGUUACUGAAGUUCUUUAUCCAUAUCUUGUCCAUAGAUGUAGACAAUCGGCCGAUUUCUCGUUAAAAUGUGCUUGGCUACUAGAUGCAUACAGCUCUGAUGCUCAUUUGCCAUCCAAAAAGAAGUCUCAUGGGACCAAAUUAAAAAAUCUCAUUUUGUCAGAUGAACUUAGGCCGAAAGGAAAUCUGACACGAAAGCAACGAUCUUCCGCGUUGCAAGUUCCUGCUUCGCCGCCAUUACCUUUAACACAGAACGUUAUGUCACCUAAUAAGAAAACUCACCAAAGAUCUCAAUCGGAUGCUACUGGAUUGUUCCAAACUUUACGCCGUAGUCAUUCCGGUACAAUAAAUAAAGUAAGCCUUGGGGACCUGAGCUCUGGUCGAGCAUUUGACAAUGGUUGUACCUGUUUUUAUUCCUGCCAAGGUGUGGUAAAUGAUUUAAGAGGUCAAAAAACCGAUUGCUUCUGCAAUGCACCCCGUCUUGCUCCAGAACUUGAAUUUAUUCAAGCAUUGAUAUCUAUUGGUAAAUUACUUGGGACUAUUCCAACAAAAGAAAGUAAGACUGUACAGUUGGUAGCAGAACUUAACACUCUUAAUUUAAAUCUUCCUGCAAGGGUAUGGUUGCCUUUGCAUAGUACAGUACCGCAUCAUAUUGUAAGAGUCCCUCCACAAUAUGCUGCUGUGCUUAAUAGUAAAGAUAAGGCACCAUAUAUUAUUUAUGUCGAAGUAUUGGAAGUAGAAGAUUUAUAUACAUCACCUGUGCCGACCAAAAUUAUGGGAAGUUCAUUAAGGCAUACGAAGUCUGAAGAAAAUUUAACUGGUGGUGAACAGUCUAAUGUGACGUCAUCAUCUAAUCUGGUUUCUGCUGAAAUGCAGCAAAACGUAACAACAGCACUUAGACAGACUCCUGUUAAAAAUAUCUCUCCAUAUUCUGUUAAGAAUACAGAAAUAGCAUUUAAUUUUCCCGAUGACGAUCCAAAUGAUUGUUGGAGUCAAGAAGACGAUGAAAUCACACAACAGUAUUUACAAUUACGUAAGCCCAGAGAUAGAGAUACGAUAUCGCAAUUAAGUCAAGAAUCAUCUGAUAGUCGAGAACCAGUUUUUGUACCUGGUGAUAUAAAACGUCGUCUAAGUGAAAUGACUGCUACACCUAGUGCAACAUUUAACCAUGAUCCAGAGGAUCCAUCAGCCGCCGUCCUCAAAGAGCCAUGGGAAUUAAAGCAGAAACGUAUUAGAGCAUCCAGUCCAUAUGGUCAUUUAGCUUCUUGGAGACUUCUUGCCGUUAUUGUAAAAUGUGGGGAUGAUUUAAGACAAGAACUUCUUGCUUCCCAAUUACUUUCAAUGUUACAAAAAAUUUGGCUAGAUGAGAAAAUUCCACUUUGGGUUCGACCAUACAAGAUUUUAUGUUUAUCCAAUGAUAGUGGAUUGAUAGAACCAAUAUUGAACACUGUAUCUUUACAUCAAAUAAAAAAGCACUGUCAGCUGACUCUUCUACAAUACUUCGAACGAGAAUUUGGUCCUUCAAAUUCAGAAGCGUUUAUCGUAGCUCAAAAGAACUUCGUGCAAAGUUGUGCUGCUUACUGUCUUAUAAGUUAUCUCAUUCAAGUGAAGGAUCGUCACAAUGGAAACAUUUUACUACAUAGCGAUGGACACCUAAUACAUAUAGAUUUUGGAUUCAUAUUAUCAACCUCACCUCGCAAUUUGGGAUUUGAGACCAGUCCAUUUAAAUUGACUCCCGAAUUUGUUGAAGUGAUGGGUGGUAGUCAAUCAAAAAUUUUUCAACAAUUUAAAACUCUCAUUCUUCAAGGUUUAAUCGCAGCACGAAAGCAUAUGGAAAAGAUUGUUAAUCUAGUAGAAAUCAUGUUAUCAGGAUCUCAACUUCCUUGUUUCCGCAGUGGAGGAGCCGCUACGGUUCAAGGAUUGAAAAAUAGAUUUCAUCUUACGCUUACGGAAGACCAAUUACGUCGCCAUGUUGAAGAUUUGGUCGAAGGUAGCAUUCAUUCUUGGUCUACUAAACUGUAUGACCGAUAUCAGUACUUCGCAAACGGUACUCUUUAAUGCCGUAGUGAAGCUUUUCAUCCACGCCAGUGUCAUAAUUUUUUGGCGUCGGAAGAUAUUUUUAUCAUGGACAAAGAAGAGAACAGUUGCAAAUAAUAUCAAUUUAAUAAUGUGGGAUUUCUUCCACACUUUUAAAUACACUUUUCAACAUUCCACGAGCACAAAGUACUUUUGAAUCUUUUCGAUGGUCAAGGAGAUAUCGUUCCAGUGUGAAUAAAUUGCUCUCCGGUCCUUUUUUCUUUUUUUGUUUUUCUUUUCUUUUUUCUUUUUCUUUUUUUUUUCUAUAAAAUUAAAUAGUCUAAAUCGAAUCGCGUUAACUGGAUUAGGUCAAUUACGUCUGAUCUUCGAAUUACUUGUCGCUUUGGCAGCCCAGUGUGGUGGGCAUGGUAGGUAGAUCAUUUUAGAAGAAAUUUGAGGCAUUCGAAAUGAGGCAUGAAUAGAUAAAAAUCAUUUUAGAUUAAACUCUUGAGGCAUUUGAAACGAAAAGUUUUACGCGAACUACGCUGCUUUAAAGAUAUUGGAUUGUAGCAAAUAAUAAGUACAGUUAAUAUAUUUAUUAUAAAUGCUAUAAAACAUUAAAUGAUAAAGUAUUUGUUAUGACUAUGUUAAUUUAUGGUAAACAAAACAUAUUAAGAAAAUUGAGAGAAGAUGACUAUUUCCGUUUAAGAGAAUUCAAAUUUUAAACGGGAAAUAAUUUUUGAUGUUUACAGUGCCCAGUUAGUUACAUAAUGUUUACAUAUGCAUAUUGUUUUUCGUUCAUUGUAUUAAUACAGCAGUUUAUGUAAGCCUCAAUUGACAA